AGCUCUCAUGCAUCCCAAACACACAAAGCACCACCUAUAUAUAUCCUACUCAAGCACACGCUCACGAUGGCAUCCAAAGCCGCUACCUUCGUGGCCCUGAGCCUCCUCCUCUCCGCCGUCGCCACGCACGGCUGCGGACCCUAUUGCCAGCCGCCAGUCGUCGUGCCGACGCCGCCCGUUGUCGUUCCGCCGCCGUACCACGGAGGCCACGUCGGGCAGUGCUCCAUCGACGCGCUGAAGCUGAGGGUGUGCGCCAACGUUCUCGGCGGCCUGCUCGACCUCAAGGUCGGCGUUCCGGCGCGCGACGAGUGCUGCCCGCUGCUGCAGGGGUUGGUCGACCUUGAUGCCGCCGUCUGCCUCUGCACCGCCGUCAGGGCCAACGUCCUCGGCAUCCACCUCGACGUGCACGUGGACAUCAGGCUCCUCCUCGACCACUGCGGCAAGACGUGCCCGUCCGAGUUCACUUGCCCAGCCCAUUAACGGUCGCGUGCUGCUGAAUGGGCGCUGAAUAAGAUUUGCUUUCGAUCCGUACUUCCUUGUUAUUUUCGUGUCCACAUUUUGAAUCCUUGUAAGCAGAACACUCUAUUUUUGUUUUUGGCAAACAGCCAUGUACUCUUCGUAUUGAUAUAUAUAUCAUCAGCGAGCAAUUAUUAUUGCUCUAGUUAA